CAAAGAAAACCGAAAAAAAGAACGACGUCACGCCAUUCAGAACAAACUCAUUCCCGAUCCGGACGCACCGACUCGAUUGGAAGAUGCCAUCGACUUUCGAGGUACAUGUCAAAGCAUGUGCGCCGCAUUCGAAAGACUUGAGAGAGAAAUUCAGAAUGGCUUGGACUUGUUGGAAAUGGAUGAAGAGGGCAAUGCCGAUCCUGAAAAGACAGUAAAAGCGUAUCGUCGUUCAGCAGCAGGCAACGAACAACCCUUGCCUUCCGAUGUGCGACCUCCUGAACGUACGUUGGACUAUCUUGUAGAUUCCGUUCUGUCCCAUUAUCCAUUGCAGAAAUGCCACGCUUUUAUUCGUGACCGCACACGAUCUAUUCGACAAGACUUUACGCUUCAGAACAUCAGAGAUGUCACGGCUGUGAAAGUGCACGAAAGAAUUGCCCGCUUCCAUAUCCUAUGCUUGCAUGAAAUGAGCGAUUGCGAAGAGGAAAAGUUUAGUGAACAACAGGAAACGGAACAACUACGUAAAGUUCUUUUAAGUUUGAUCGAGUUUUACGAUGAUUUACGCGAAGAAGGGAUUGAGACGGAAAAUGAAGCCGAGUUCCGAGCGUAUCAUAUUAUUACACACAUGCGGGACCAAGAUGUUGCUCGCCAAGCAAUGGCGUUGCCCCCACACUUAUUUAUGCAUCCCUACAUACAACAAGCACUCGCAUUUUAUGGAUUGGCGCAACGUAACAACGAAAUCGAGGAAACCUCGUCUCGACGUAACAAACCCGUCAACGUUGAAGCCUGUCAAAAUUUUUACUCAAAAUUUUUCAAGCUGGUGGCCGACUCUUCCACGUCAUUUCUCAUGGCCUGUUUAUUGGAAGGGCAUUUCCCUGAUGUCCGAAAAGGCGCUUUGAAAGCGAUGAAUCACGCGUAUCUUUACCAAACCUCGGGGGUUGAUGCCGAGUAUCUGCGUCAGACUUUGGCGUAUGACACCACCAAACAGUUGCUUCAAGAAGCGACUUUAUAUGGUCUCGUGCUGGAUAUGUCGGCGGGUCAAGCCAUGAUCAAGUUUGGUCAGAAACAUUUUAAAACGAAAGCAAGAGUAUUCCGAGAACCCUAUUCCAACCCCAAAGCACGAAAAUCGAUGCUUCUUGUCGAACCGAAAAAAGCAGGCCGAUCUUAUCGCGAUAUCGUCAAUGGAGAAUCGGCGGGUAUCUUACCGAGUGCUACAACAGUGUAUGCGCAGCAACCACUUAUCGAGAAGACAGUGAUACAGCCUCCGUCUUCUAUCAUCAAGGGGCAAGCCACGGCGUUUGCUUCUGCUUUCCCUCCGUCUUCACAUAUGGGCAUUGCUGGAUCCAUGCCUUUGCAUAAAUCAGCCGCGGAAUUGGCAGCAGAAGAAGAACAAGCACGAUUGGAGGAACAACGACGUUUAGCAGAAGAGAAAAUGGCAGCAGAAGCGGCGGCUCAGGCUGCGGCCGCAGAAGAACGACGAAUAUUGCAACUGCAACAACAACGUCAAAUGGAAGCCGCGCGACUCCGAGAACAACAAAUUCAGGAAGAAAAAGCACGAUUAGCCGCGCAGAUCGCUUAUCAAAAGCAAAAACAACGCGAAUCAGCCGAAGCUGCCGCACGGGCUGAGCAAGAACGCCGCCAAGCGCUGGAGAAAAAAUUGCGACGUCAUGCAUUGAUCUCCAAGUUGGCGAACAAGUGGACAAGGGAACUCAUGGAGGAGGUGCUUCGGGAGCAAAGCGAGGUUAUCACUAUGCAGACUCUGCGACGCAUGCGAAGUCUCAAACGAAAAAUGAUGCCGCAUAUCGAACGUGCAAGGAACCAGAUUCAGAAGCGUCACAGCCAAGCAUUGAAACGAUCAAGUAUAUUCAACUUUAUGUCCAAGUUGGCCCAACGUACAGGUGCCGUGGCCAUUCCCUCCACCAAUGCCUUGAUCCAUGGAAAAAGUAUCCACAUGAAAGAAUCGACGGAAGAAAAAGUAGGCAAAAGCUUACGAGCCGAACGACGAACUCUGAUAAAUAACAUGAAUAAUGGCAAUCUGUCUCCUGCAACCUCGCUGUGGGUUCGUGAAGACUUCUCAUCCUGUAUAUAUCCAAAUAUUCAAGCAUCCAUGGCCAAGCUGGCCCCUCACCGAGAAGAUAACUCAGCGAAACCAACAUGGCAAUUGUGCAUUGCAGUCGAAGACAAGAACCAAGAAUCAGCGAUAUGGUUCAAGCACAAAUUCGGUUUAGACGACGAAUUUUCACGAUGUAUAAAGCACUUUGAUGACAUGAAUAUUGUUACCCGAUCUAUAUCCUCCCAAGACUGUAUAUAUGGCAAGGCUGUCGAUGAAACAGGAGCAAUUGUAUUUUCUUUAUCUGAUUUGCGACACUCUCAACUGGACGAUUCUGUAAAUUUCAAAUACUGGGCCAAAGAAAAGGAGCGUCUCGAUAGGUUGGCGCAGAAAUUACGAUCGUAUAGCUCUGCAUUUCAAGUUCCUUUUCUUAUUACAUACUGGCAGCACACCGAAACUUUACAACACACAAUGACUCAGAUACCUGCAUUACUUGGUUUGGAUACAAAUCCAGUGAUUUCCGAUUAUCAAUUACUCGUUAUGAACCCAAAUACUAUCCAUGAACGAUUACCAGAGGAACUUACAUGGCUUGCCACGCACACAAUUUUCAAUCAUCCAUUGAGAUCCUUCGCCAUUUAAAGAAAUAAAAAUAUCCCAUUUGUAUUUGUGUUCUGAUAAAAAAUAGUUGGAUAUGGUGUGUAUGCAUAUGUAAGAGUUAGCAUUCGAGGAAAUCGGCCGUCAUCAACGUUUCGAGAACCACUUCUGGGUCAAUCUUGAAUUCAGGAAUCUCCGUCGUAGAGCCUUCAUAUUGCCACUUGUAGUAUAGGUAUCGACACACGAUUUCCAAAAUCACGCCUCUAAUAAAGAAUGGUCAAUGUUGGUAUCUGCUUGUGCAUUCAAUCACUGGUGCUGACACCCUACUUUAUAUCACGAAAGGGAAUUCGAUUUUCGAUGGAUUCCCUAAAUUGU